AUGUUUUACCGGCUAUUAAUUUUGAUUUUUUUAAUAGUUAUAAUAGAUUGUGAAGUGAACAAUACAGAUCAGUGUCCUAAUGUGAAAACGCAUUUAGGUUCGAUAAGGAAACGAAGACAUUUGACAUUCCCUGAUGGUAGUAAUGUUGUUCUUACAAUUUCUGUUGUAAAGGCAUUCAUGACUCACGCUCCGUCAGGAUGGAAUUUGGUCUUAGAAAUCGAUGUCCUAUAUCCCCUACCUGAUGCCAAUUUCACUAAUGCACAUUAUAGAAGAAAACUACAUCACAGACAGAAAAGGGAAUUCUGGGAGAGAGUACGUUCAGCUUUGGAAUUUCAUAAUCUAAACGGCCGUGCAUGCAUCCUGAGAAGCAUUUGUGAGGCAAAGACGUACCUUGCGGAGCCCGGAAGAUCAUUAGUGCACGACAUUUUGAAAGCUAUUUUCACGGCCCCUCUGCACGAGGCUGACUUUAUGGAGGAAGUGAGUGGAACUUACAAUGAGUUACUUAACCCUGAUUUCUGCGAGACCGACUACGAUUGCCCUUUUUCCCUUCUACAUUUCGUUUUGGCUUUGAACAAACAAAAGUAUUGA